UUCUUGUGAUAAACAAUUGGCAAAUAUGGGUGUCGGGUGUCUCAGGAUUCUGGAGAUUGGCACCGGUUGUGGAAAUAAUUUGAAAUAUUAUCCUAAAAAUACCCGACUUAUAGCACUUGAACCAAAUGAAAACAUGUGGAAACACUUUCAUAAUAAACUCAGACAAUACCCGUAUAUUAUUCUCGAGAAUGCCAUCACUGGAAGCGCUGAAGACAUGUCGAUAAUUGAUGACAAUACCAUCGAUGUGAUUGUGUCAACACAUGUAUUAUGUUCUGUCUGUGAUAUCAAGAAGUGUCUGAAAGAGAUUAAACGCGUUUUAUCACCAAACGGACGGUUCAUUUAUGUCGAACACGUGGCCUAUGAAUCGGGAACUUUACUCUAUCGGUUCCAGUCGUGGAUUGAAUAUCUGUGGAAACUAUUCAACGACGACUGCAGAUUGACAUUACAAACAAGUCGUUUGAUAAGAGAGACAAACUUUACAUCAAUUAAUGAACAAUCGGUUGUAGUUAAAGAUCUAUUCAUUACUUUAAUAAGACCUCAUAUUUUCGGAAUCGCUUAUAAAUAA